GGCAAUGGGCCAAGCAGAAGUGAAUAAGCAAGUGAUCUUGAGGACGUUUGGGGAUGACAAAAGCUCUCUGCUUGACCAUUUUGAGAGGCUCUCUGUUGAGUUGCAGCUGAACCAAGCCAUGCUGAGGCGGAGUCUCUCUGAGCCAACCCAAAUUCGGUCCCAGCAACCUCUUAUAAUCUGUCAGGCUCCAUCAGAAUCAGAACCACCACCACCACCACCUUUGGUUACCAAGAAAAGGCGUGGCUCAGGCUUAAGCAAGGUUCUAAAGAAGAUGAUCAAGCCCAUUCUAAGCAGAAUGAGUGCAAAAAAGAAGGAAAUCCCAGAUGCAAAAGACCCCAGGUUUUGGAAGACAUUUAGUAGAUCCAUGCGCCUUUGAAGUAUGCACAACAUUUGAGAAAUAGUCAGUAAUAUUUAUUUACUUUUGUUUCGUUCUAUGUUUUUAAUUCCUUUUGUAAGUGCUUGUAUGCACAUUUUACAGAUCAUGAAUACACCCUCCCUACACAAAAUGGACAGUGUCAAUUCGCACUGAACACGAACACAAUCCAAUCUAACGACUUCCCUAUUUGAGAACGGUGACAAAUCCCAAAAUGAAAAUUUGAAAGCUGUAGGCUGAUGUCGUUAAAGUGCCUGCCUUGCCCCCAACAUACGACACUGUAUUUGUUAUCGUUUUACCCAAAAUCUAAUCAAAGAUUUUUUUUUUCUCUGUACCAAGCUGGAUAGAACUCCACAGAUUAUCCAUGGACCUCUCCCUGAUGCCUUCUUCAUAUCCUACACCCUUCACACUUGUUCAGUCUCCCUCUCCAUCUCCAUCUCCUUUAUGUAGAACUCACAACAAAAGAACCCAACAUGGUAAGCUACUUGUCUUUGCAGCACGUUCGUGCUCUGCUACAAAUCCCACUGGAACCACACCAUUGAAUGUUGUCAAUCUUGCUGACAAAACCCACCAGUCAUACCCAAAAGAUUAUGGCUUGCAGUCCAGUGUCGAAGAACCAAAGCUAGAUUUUGAUAGCAUAGCUAGUAGAUUGCAGGUACAGAGAUUUAUUGAUAGAAUUAAAGCUUUGCCCUUUAGAGAGACGAGUGUAAUUCUUGGUAUCUUUGAACAUGAUGGUUGCUUUCAGACCGUAUCUGAAUUUAAUGCUCUGCUUAUGGCUUUAGUCAUAGCAAAAGAGCCUGACAUUGCUUUGAGCCUGUUUAAUGAAGUAUCAGCUUACAGGUUAGUGCCAGAUUCUUUGACAUUUUCCAUCAUGAUAAGGUGUUACUGCGAGAAAAAUGAUCUGGAUGAAGCCAAAAGGGUUUUAGUCCCUAUGGUUGAAAAUGGGUUUUACCCUAAUGCUGCAACAAUCACUGUUCUGAUAAAUUCAUUGUGCAAAAGAGGUAGGUUGCAGAGAGCUUUGGAGGUUUUGGAGGUCAUGGGUAGAAUUGGGUGCAAGCCAACUGUUCAGAUAUACAAUUGCUUGUUGAAGGGGUUGUGCUAUGUUGGGAGGGUGGAGGAUGCAUAUGAAAUGUUGAUGAGAAUCAAGAAAGAUGCCAUAAAACCUGACAUUUACACAUUCACAGCUGUUAUGGAUGGUUUUUGUAAAGUGGGUCGCUCAGAUGAGGCAAUGGAAUUGCUUGAUGAAGCUGUGGAAAUGGGGUUGACACCAGAUGUGGUCACUUUCAACACUCUGUUUAAUGGGUAUUGCAAGGAAGGCAGGCCAAUGGAGGGACUUAAUGUGUUAAAGCAGAUGAAAGAGAGAAACUGCAACCCUGAUUGUAUUACUUACAGCACUUUGUUGCAUGGAUUGUUAAAAUGGGGUAAAACUCGUAAUGCUCUUAAGGUUUAUAAGGAGAUGGUUGAAAAUGGGUUUGAAGUAGAUGGGAGAUUGAUGAACAAUCUUGUUAGAGGGUUAUGUAGGAGAUCGAGGAAGGAAAAAGACCUCUUCGAAGAUGCACAUGAAGUGUUUGAGAAAAUGCAGAACGGGAUUUUGGGCAUAGACGCUAGUACAUAUGGCUUGAUGAUCCAAACUCUUUGCAUGGAAAAGAAGAUGGAUGCAGCUGUGGUCUGUUUGCAGCAGAUGAUUGGAAUGGGCUAUUCACCAUGGAUUAUCACCUUUAACAAUGUAAUUAAAACCCUUUGUGUUGAGGGAAAGGUGACUGAGGCACUGUUAGUAUUAAACAUCAUGUAUGAAGGUGGUAGAGGAACCAAUGGAAUAUCUUAUAAACCUUUGAUUCAUGGAUUGAAUCGGCGGGGGAGUUUCCUUGGCGCUUGUAGUGUAUAUGGCGCGGCAUUGAAGAGAGGUGUAAUUCCUAAUACAAAACCUCAACAAUGACAAAAAAAAUUGCUCAUCCUCAG